AUGGAAUUGGAGUUGCACUGCCCUGUGGACAGAAUUCCCCAACUGGACAAGGCUCACAAGAAUCAACAGAAGUCUGGCGUGUGCGAUUCAGAAAUGUCCCUGCAGGGCAAGGAAACUGAGUAUCACUUGAAGUACCCUGUGGACAAUAGUAUCCAGCCGGACAGAUCCCGGAUUCAAAAGGCAAACCACCAGUACAAUAAUAUCCCUCUGUACAAGCAAGGCAUUGCGAAGCUUUCGUCAGUGAGUGGCUGGGAGAAAAGUAUCCAGCUUGGCAUGGAAAUUGGUCCCCGCGAGACAAGCGUACCCUGCUGGACAUGGCAGGCAGUCAUCUUCUCGUAUCAAAUCAGUUCGGAUAUUGAGUUCCUUGCGGACAAUAAUGUCCCAAUGCACAACCCAGUUGAGGAGCUUAUGAGCCUGGCAAGCACGUCUCGCAUUGGUCUUGAGAGUAGAGGCUGUGAAGACCCAGGAGGACAGAAGUAUCCCGGCGGACACUGCCGUAUGCCACCUGUGGAAGAACCCGACGGACAAUACGCUCCUGGAGGACACAAGACGCAGUCCACCUGA